UGAUGAUAUCAUUGUGUGUUUUCUUUGAAGAGGGAUGAACAUUAAGUAUUGUUAAUUUGGGUUAAAUGUGGGAUUGCCUUACUUAUUUAGUUUUGUGAAUGUCAUUAGGAUGUGAUUAUUGGAAUUGUUUGAAUGAAUCAAUUGAAGUUCAAUAAUUGUUUGUUCGGGUUUAGUCAACAAUUUGAAACAUAGAAUUUCAAGCUAGGGUAUCUUAAUUUUAGACUAGGUCAUAGAACUGAUUGAUUUAUGACUCGCACAAUCUGAGCGCGUAGUGUACUCUACUGUCCAUCUGGGUUGCCAGGGAACUUCUGCAAGUGUUUAAGACUGUAAUUGGAUAACUUUAUCUUUCGCGCUUAGAGGCACUGACUAUCUUCUGGACAACGCGGUUCUUUAAGUGUGUAAGGACUGUUUUUUUAGCAACUUUGAAGGGGAGUUGAGACUUGAGGGUAGGCUUGUAGCAAAGGAGAGGGAUUCCCAUAUGAACAACACAAACAUGGUUGAAAGAAAGGGAUGUAGAAGCACCUAUUUUGCUGUUGGCAGGGAACUUCAGGCUAAGGAGUUAUUCAGCCACUGUCUGUUGUCUUAUAUUCCUGACAUCAGUGACGUAAAUCAUACACUCCAUUUCCAUUUUCUGUCUAUAUCUUCCAAGUUUGUUAGGAUUUAUUUGGUUAGGAAAGGGAAAAGGGGCUACAAAUUCCCUUCCCUCUAAAUUCCCUCAUUCUUUCAUUCUGCAAGGUUUGCUUUGCGUUUUUAACUUGUUACAGAGUUAUCUUUCCGGAAAGAUGUUGCUCACUCUAGGUUGUAGGAAUCCGAGUAGAAGCAACUCUUCAUUCCUUGAUUUUGUACUAGUUAGAUGAUGAUAUUGAUCCGCAGAUGGUGAAGCGUGCCGUAGGUUUAGCUGUUUGAUUAGCUUAUCUUGCACAUGUUUGAUAAACAGGAAUAGGACCUGGAUUUAGAAGUCUUGUUGUUUUAGGAAAAACUUAUCUUUUUACAUUUUUAAUCAGUAGCUAGCAGACAUUUUUGGGGGAGCAUGCUAGGUAAAAGCUUUACUAUCUGAGCUCAUGUCAUGAGGAAGAAAGUUUCUAUGCUUAUGAUUAAAUAUAAAUAUGACAUUUAACAUCUGUUGGAGAUUGCACUCUUGCAUAUGAAGAUGCAAGUCAAUAUAAUUGAUUAGAUUGUUGUAUAGUUUCCUUAAACAUAAGGAAAGUUGGUUGAUGUAAUUUAAUAGCUUGUAUAUAUAGCUCUGCCCUUUUGUAUUCAUUAGUUAACUGAGUAAUAAUAAAACAAAACAUUUUAUUUAGCUCUCUCUCUUCCUCCUAACACUGCUUGAGGCUUCCUUCAAUGGCUUCUCUAUCCUUUCUUCAUGAUUUUCUUCCGCCUUGAUCACGAAAACUAACUUGGUAUCAGAGCGGGAGUACGAUCCCAGCUCAAUUCCGCAUAAAAUUCCGUACAAUUCAACUCAUCAAAAUUUCCCCAAAUUUUCUACUUCAGAAUUUUUUUUUCUCGAAUUUGGUCUAAAUCCGACGAAAUAGGGAUUUGGUUUACCCUGAUAUCUUCUGAUUUCAUUCAUUGAUCGUUUCUUUCGAAUCUUGACUCAAGUAAUUGUUGAUUCUUGAUUAACCCAAAUUCUAGGGUUCGUCUUCUUCGUCACGUUUUCUGUGGUGGUUUAACUCGUCUCUAAUAUGCUGCUGCUCUUCGAAGCUCAAAUUAAUGGCGGAAACUGCUCUUCUGUCGUCGUCUUCUUCUUCGAUAUCUGCUUCUGCUUCUUACUCUGCUACUUCAAGGUGUGAGACGAUUCUCCAACCUGGUUUAAACUGCACUAUUCGAAUUGAAAAAAACCGAGCCAAGAAUCACAGACGAAGCAAAACCAAGACACCCACACAGAACAACGUUGUUUACACAUGCCAAUUCUGCUUACACCGGAAUCUAAAGAGAGGAACCCCUAAAGGAUACAUGAGAGAAUUAACCCCUUCAAAACCCAAAUCUUCGAACCCUAAACCUGUGAAGAAAAGUAAUUUUAGCAAUGUUAAAACUGACAAACCAAGUGAGGAGAAUAACAGCACUGUCAAAACUGAAAAGGAAAACGAGAAGAAUUUCAGCAAUGUCGAAACUGACAAGGCAAACGAGGCACCUUCACCUUCACCAGCAAUAACCAACAUCUGUUCUUCUGUAACAGAUAAUCCGACAAGUUCAUUGGCCGAGAGUGGAGUAAAGUUGUUAGAUAGUAAGAGGAGGAAAAGGAAAAAACCGGGGUUGAAGGCAUCAACGGAAGAGAAUCAGGUUAGCUCAGCCCCGGCAGUGAUAGAGAAAGACAGUGGUGCUUCGAAGAGAAGGAAGAAGUCGUGGACGACUCUGAAAGAUAUUGCAGAGAGUGAGAAACAUGACAGGAAUCAGAGGUUUACUAAUUUUUCAAUUCCAUUUAACUUGUAGAGUUGUAGUUUUGAACUUCUGAGUUUUAGACUAGGUAGGACUAUAGGAGAGUAAGAGAUGGCAUACUACUCCCUCUAUCCUAUUUGUUUUCUCAAUAGGCAAAAUGUGAUUGAUUAAGAGCAAAUUUUUGCAAAGAAAUAGGGGUAAUAUUGUCUUUUUGACCUUUAUGAGUGUAUGCAAGUGGGGAAAUCGGUGGAAACCACGAACUAGUGAGCGUCUCGGGUAUUUUCCUUCCAAAUAUUUCCAACUACGUAGGGAUUUGAUUUAUUAAAAGAGGAGUAAACGGAACCUUUCCAUUUUUUCAUUUUCUUCUACCUCUUUUUCAUUUGAGAGGAAAUGUAUACUUUUAAAUGAGUCAAAAUAAUUUAAGACUUUAUUAUCUUUUAUCUUAAAAUGUUGAA